AUGAGAGUCCCUGAUUCGCAGUUCAAUCUUGGUAUCGCCGAUUUGCAGUUCAAUCUUGGUAUCGCCGAUUCGCUGUUCAAUCUCGGUAUUGCUGAUUCGCUGUUCAAUCUCGGUAUCGCCGAUUUGCUGUUCAAUCUCGUCCAAGAUUCUCCACUGAAUGAUGAAGUUGCCACUUCUAAGAAAAAAACAACACAUGGUAUCGGCUUCAGUCCUGAGGAAGACAAGCUACUUGUAGCAACAUGGCUCAAUACCAGUGUCGAUCCUGUGCAUGGUAAUGAGCAAUAUAAAACAACAUUUUAUGGCAAAGUUGCAAAAUACUUCAAGGACCAUAAGACUGACUCUACACGUAGUAUUUCAUCCCUAACAAGCCGAUGGGGAGUGAUUAAUAGGGAAACAGUUAAAUUUUGUGGUUCCUUAGCUAAAAUUGAAGCAAAGAAUGAAAGUGGAACCACUGUUGAAAUGAAGAUUGAGAAAGCAAGGGAAUUGUUUAAAGAAAUAUACGGUUACUUUUUUCUAUAUGAACAUUGUUGGCAAAUGUUGAAGGAUUUUCCCAAGUGGGCAUCUACUAUGCCUAGGGAAGAUUCAAGAAAAGAAAUGCCUCAAACUCCAGAUUCAAUAGAUCAAGGAGGGGGGGUUGGUGACACUAUGGAUUUUGAGAGGCCAAUAGGUAGAAAAGCUGAAAAGGCUAAUCGAAAGAGAAAAGAUGAUGGGAAAGAUGUUACAACGAAAUAUUUGGAAAAGAAAAUGAAAAUGCUUGAAGAAUCUUAUGCACAAGAAAAAGAAAAAGUACAUAUCAAAGCGGAAAAGUUUAUCUCCAUGGGUCGUUCUUUUUUUCGUGAAUUGCUUGAUGAUGAAUCAGAUGAAGAUGAGAAAAUUAUAAAACUUUUCACGGGUGAGACAUCACAAUGUAAGCGUCGUCGGUAUAUCAACUGUAAUCAUUUGGCAGGCCAUAAACUGCUUUAUGAUGACUACUUUGCUGAAGAACCUGAGGCAUAUAGGAAGGAUGUAAAGCGUGCAUUUGGAGUGCUUCAAGCACGAUUUGCAAUUGUACGUGGACCUGCAUGGUUUUUCUAUCAUGAAACACUACAAGACAUUAUGAAAGCAUGCAUAAUUCUUCAUAACAUGAUUAUUGAAGAUGAGGGAGAUGAAGCUGAAGCAGUGGACUUCAAUUAUGAACAAAUUGAUGAGAUUUCAUGUACACCAAUGUCAUGUGAGCCGACAAAUGAAUUUAUGGAAUUCAUUCAAGUUCAUCAACGCAUUAGGGAUAAAGAAGUUCAUUCUCAACUCCAAAAGAAUCUCGUUGAACAUUUAUGGCAAUUACAAGGAGAGUUGUGA